AUGGCUUUACCUGCAGACAAUCCGCGGGCGUUUAGUCUGUUCGUAACUCAUGUAGACGGAGAUUAUUCUUUUCUAAAGAUAUGUGGGCAGCUAGAUCACCAGGCAUCGUGUAUGAUUGAAAGUUUAUUCAAAACAGCUAGUGAGAAUCUUGAAAAAGGAGUUGGAUCUGUACCGCAGGCUGCUAUUCACGAAGGUAUCAUAUGUGCCGCGAAAUAUAAAGAUGGGAACUAUUAUCGGGCCAAGAUUGUGAAUACUGCGAAUCUCGCGAACGGAUUUGUAGGUGUUCACUUCAUUGAUUAUGGCAACAAAGAUAUUAUUUCGUUAAGUACUAUACGUGUAUUGGAUCAGUACGAUCCAAUGUUUUUAAAACUACCGGGACAGGCGUCUGAGUAUUACUUGUCCCGUCUGAUGCACUCGGCUGGUGGUUGGGAUGAAACUAUGUUGUUAAGAUUACAAAGCUUACUUUGCUAUAACGAAUACCAAGCCACUAUUGAUGCCCAUACUUCACCCUUUACAAUAAUUUCAAUCCAGUUUAAAGGAAAUGACCUAUCAAGUCAUCUUGCUGCAAACAAAUUUGGUAUGAUUUUACCUGUGAAUAAGCAAGAACUAAUUCUUUUGCAUAUGUCCAAAAAUGAACCAAUUAACAACUGGUCAAGUCCGUUAAUGAGUGAACCACCACCAUUUACAGAACAUGUACCUUUUCUAAUAAACCAAAAUUUUCCAAAUCCUGCUUCAGCUAUGAGGCAAAAUGUUACAAUACCAUUUAAUGGUGCUCCACCGCCAUCCUUAAUAACUCAAAGAUCAAUAAACAAAGCCUCUAGGAACAUUGCAAAUCUUAGAGCAUUAAGUCGUCAACCUCGACAUGCUGCCAAUUCCAAUAUGCCAUCAGGGCCACUUACAGAUGACCCUCUAUUACUGCAGCAGAAGGGGCCACAGUCUCCUAAAAAAUGUAGCACUUACAAAAGUAGGCUUUUAGAAGUUAACUCCACACACAGAGUUUUUGUCUCAUAUGCUGAGGAAGGACCUGAAUUGUUUGCUGUACAACUAGCAACUGAUACAAACAAAAUUCAAGAAAUGUUGGCUGACAUCAAUAUAAGACCACACCGCAGUCUGACAGAGCCACCGAUGAUUGGUACAGUGUGUUUAGGCAGAAUGCCAGGAGACAAAGUACUAUGCAGAGCUGUGGUCAUGAAUCUUUCAGGAUCACAGUGUAAACUAUUCUUUGUUGAUUUUGGUGAUACAGAAAUGGUUUCCUAUUAUGACAUAUUUGAUAUACCAGAAGAGUUUGUGAAACCCCAUGUCUUUGCAAUGCGGUUUUGCUUAUCAGGGGUAAAGAAAUUGGAGAAGGGGCCACAUGUUACUGAAGCCUUCAAACAGCUUGUGAAUAGAUCUGUGUUGACAUUAAAAGUUGUGCCAGCAGAAGGCCCACCUCUGAUUCAGUAUGCAGAACUGUUUUUGGAUAGUAAAAAUGUGCUGGAUUUGUUGUUAGCUAACAUGAAGGAUAAGUUGCAGUUUAAGUGGCUAAAUACACUGCCCCAGAAAAGCAAACAUUCAAUUUUGGUAUCAUAUGUAGACAGCUGUAUUAAGUUCUAUGUUCAGUUGUCGGAUUACAUAGAUGAACUAAAUGCAGUUAUGGAAGCAGUGAAAAGGCAUUGCGAGAGUACAUCGUCUCCAGGACCACUGCCAAUUGGUGCAGUUUGUUGUGCUAGAUUUCCCGAAGAUGGUAAUUGGUAUAGAGCAAUAGUCAGAGACAUAACUGGUAACAAAAUAAUUGUAGCCUAUGUAGAUUAUGGAAACGAACAAGAAGUGGCUGAGACUGACAUCAGGACAAUUACUCCAGACCUCAUAAAAUUACCAGCUCAAGCUAUGAAGUGUGCCUUAAAAGGUUAUGAAGAUAAACCAGUAGAGAGCAAAACAUCAAACCAACUAGAAAUGCUAGCGUUAGAGAAAACCUUAAUGGCCCAUGUGGUUGGCAUGUAUUCACAUGAUACCAUGUUAGUGACGUUGGUGGACGACACAGUAACACCGCCUCUUGAUAUUGCUAGGAGAAUGAACCAAUUAUCCCAACCGCGAAGCACGGGUAAUAUUGAGAAAGUAAUAACUCCCGCCCGUAAAGACGCCCCCGAACAGUUCAGUUCACCAGAAGGCAGCGUACCAGACGAUAGUCGCAAGAAGAGUUUUCGUAGAGAGAAGAGUUUUAAAGAUGAGAGAAGAUCUCGCGAUGGGGAUCGCGAAGAGUUUGGUCAGCGAGGUGGCAGCUUUAGAGGGAGAGACCAAAACGAUGGCUUUGACCGCUCGGGGCCCGGACGGUACAGUGGCAAGUUCGCGAAGCCAGACAGAGGGGACAGACGUGUGGGUGGCAGGCCCCGAGACAACCACUUUUCUCCACCCGCUGCAAGUGGAGAGUCUUGGGAGGAGACUUCUCCACCACAACCAGUGCAAUCACCUCCGCUAAGGCAAAACAGAGACAAAAGAAAGUCUCGCCCAGACGAGAAACAAAAGGGCUACAAAAAGGAGUCUAGCGUCGGUCGGAGGCUAAGGCAAGCGACCGAGGCUGCUCAAGCGCAUACAAAAAGUAGUGUGCAGGAGAGACUCAAACGCGAUAGAUUCAACCAGCACGAUGGCGAAAAGAAGUUUGAAGAUCGCAACAACAGAUUUAACAAACCAGACAGGAGGGACAACCGUGGCGAGCGACGUGACAAUUGGGGGGAUAAAAAGGAGAACUGGAAUCAAAAGAGAGAAUUCCGAGAUAACAGAGAGAGAGGAGAGAGAGAUAACAGAGAAAGGGGGGAAAGAGAUAAUAGAGAAAGGGGGGAAAGAGACAACCGGGGAGAGAGGUUCGGGGGUAGAAGUAAUUUCACUCCCCGAGAUCGCGCUGAAAAAUCUGAUCGAUCAUUUGGUUCUGAUGGCGAUAAACGCUCUGAUAAGAGUAACCGUUCUUACGGUGAGGAUCGCGCAGGUCGCGCCCCGCCCUACAAGAGCCGCAACAAAUUCACACAAGUCCAGUACAAGGAGCUAACCGACCCAGUUUCCUUGGACACCCCGUUCACAGACCCAACCGUGGAAAUUGGUUCGCAGCACGAGGUAUCCGUCACGUGGAUCAUAUCUCCAGAGAACUUUUACACACAGAUACUAUCGUUCCAACCGAAAUUCUUAGAUAUGAUGCACAAAAUACCAGAGCUAUACAAGGGCGUGAAGUCAUACACUGGCAAUGUACCCGUCGGAGCCUCAGUUUUAGCAAGGUAUCCGGCAGACGGCGUGCUCUACAGGGCAACAGUAGUUGCGGUGCAACCGUUUUCAAAAUUUAUCGUCCGCUAUAUCGAUUUUGGCAAUAAGCAACUCGUUGAUGCCAAGGACAUUUGGCAGCUGGAUAGAGAACUGAUGGAUUUGCCCAAGAUGGCGGUACACUGUUCGCUGGUUGGGGUGAUGGCUAAAGAUGGAGAAUGGAAAGCCAAUCCCGAUAUCGAUUUGUGCUUUAACGCGCCGAGAUACCAGUGCAUCUUCCAGGAAUGUGGAGAGGAGCAGUACAACGUGUCAUUGUGGAAUAACGGUGUGAGCGUUGCUGAUUUGUUGGUAGAGAAGGGUCUAGCGGCGCCUUUGGAGCACCAGUCGUCUGUAACAUUAAAAGACGAAGCCAUCGAUCUCACGAUAAUUGUGGGACAGCAAAUAUUGUGCCGUGUGACCCACGUGGAGUCGUACGAAAAAUUUUACGUGCAACUAGAUUUGGAUAAGGCCGAAUUGGUGGAGAGUGCCAUAGCCAACUUUGAUAUCAGCAAGUUAACUCCUAUAGCAGCCGAGAGUUUAAUGGAAGGAAUACACUGUACAGUACGUGACGGGGGCAAAAUCUAUAGAGCGAUACUCGGCGACGUGUCAAAUACGGCAGCUGUAGAAUGCCUAUUGCCAGACUAUGGCAACACAAUCAAGACUUCAGCAGAAAAUAUAAUGAUUCUUCCAACGGAUCUCACGGUGUACUACUAUCAAUCUUUGGAAUGCGCCCUCAAUAACUAUACACCAGAAUCAGCCACUCUCAUCCCUCUCGAAGAUCUAAAGGAAAAGAUAACUGGAAAAAACCUUAUCGCUUACAUUAAUGAUGUUGAUGGUAUUCGGUUAAUAACCACAUUAUAUGAUGCAAAAACAGGACAGAAGGUCCGAAUUUUUGAACCAGACGAAGGAGCGUAUGAAGAAGUAACACCGUUAUGUUCUCGUGCUGUGUUUAAUUAUAACUUUGGUCUGGCAUAUAUAUCUCAUCUAGAGAAUCUCAACGAGUUUUAUCUACAAAAGUCUUCUGAUGGUGAUAAGAUAGCCCUCUUAUUGGAUAGUCUUUACAAGUUUUAUGAAGAAGGUACACCUGAACAGCUUCUUACGUUUGAAGCUGAAUCCCUAUGUGUCGCAAAAUCCGGAGAUGGUAAUUGGUACCGCGCUUCCAUAAUCAGUUCUACCGAAACGGACGUCAAAGUCCAUUUUUCGGAUUAUGGUAACUCUGAAAUUAUCCCAAAGGAAUCAAUAAAGAAACUUGAUCCCACUUUCUAUGAACCUUGUCAUCUUGCUCUAGUGGCGAGCCUAGGUCUUGUAGCACUAAACGAUGAAGCGAUAACUAAAUUACAAGAAUGGACCAAUGAAAAGGAAAUUCAAGUUACUUUGGCAUUUGGAGACGAUGGGUGGCUUGCCAAUCUUAACCUUGAUGGAGUUGACCUCUCUUUGAAACUUGUGAGUGAAAAACUAGCAACACCAAAGGUGGAGGCUAUCGAGCCUGUACAAGAGAGUGAGAUCAAGGAAGAACUAUCAGUGGAACCAAUUUCCCUCCCGGAAGGGUGUACCCAAGUGUACAUAAGCCAUAUUGAUAGUCCAGGACAUUUUUGGCUGCAAAUGGCUGAUAAAUUGACUAGAAUUGAAGAAGUUCAAGCUGAACUCCAGGCUGAUUUUGAGAGCUAUCCUGAUAUUGAAUGUAGGGAAAUGGGAACUUUGUGUAUUGCAAAAUAUUCCGCGGAUGACCAGUGGUAUCGAGCUGAAAUUCUCGAUGCUGAUUCAGAUAUAACAACCGUAAGAUUUAUAGACUAUGGAAAUACGGAUGUACUCGACAAUGAGCCCGGUUUGUUAAAGGCGAUUCCGGAGAAGUUUAAAGAGGUGGAGCGUUUUGCUAUCAAAUCUAGUGUCAAUGCUGUCCCAACUGGCACUGGUCAAUGGUCGGAACCGUCUUCGGACUACUUCACGCAACUCGUGGGUGACCUUUCACUGCCGGUAGAUGCUCUAAUAGUCCUUAAAGAUGUCACUACCUACGUUGAUAUUUACGUUAAGGGACAAAAUAUUACGGAUAAAUUAGUUUCUGAAGGACACGCGACUCGGUCUGAAGAAACGGAUUGUGGCGAUUUGGCCUCCUGUUUCGCUAGUCACGUUAACUCUCCGUCCGAGUUCUGGAUCCAGUUGGAAACAGCCGCGCCAGAAUUACAGGCCAUGGAGGCCGCUAUGGUGGACGCCGAAAAUUUCCCCAUAUUGGAGACGAAAGAAGAAGGUAUUCUGUGCGCUGCCAAAUACCCUGAAGAUGGAGCGUGGUAUAGAGCUCAAGUCAUCAUCGAUGGCUCUGAAGGAACCGAAGUCCUCUUUAUGGACUAUGGAAACGCAUCGAUAGCAAAUGAAUUGCGCAGUCUUCCUGAUGAUCUUAAAACAAAACCAGCACUUUCUAGAAAAUGUGCUCUCCAAAAGCCCAGAGAUAUCAAAUCUUGGUCGAGGCGAUCCGAAGUUAAGUUUAACGAAUUGGCUGCGGAAGGUGCUACUAUUUUCAACGUACAGUUUAUAGCUUCUGGUGAUAUUUCUAUUGUAGAAUUAUAUCACGAAGGGAAUUCUGUCACGGAAGAGUUGGUGGACCUUUGUGAAGAACACCCGCCUUCUGAAAGGCCUACUCCGGUUGGACAAGAUUUGCACAGUAGCGGGAAAGUUUGCUUCGUGAACUCUUUGAAUGAAUUUUAUAUUCAGUUAGAUGAUUCUGGAAAUACUCUAGAUAAGGUCACAGAAAUGCUAAGCGACGCCGCAAAUUUUGAACCUUCUUCGGAGUUAAAAGUUGGUUCAGUUUGUGCCGCAUUUUGGAGCGAAGACGAACAGUGGUAUCGAGCGAAAGUGUUGGAAUUCUGCGACAGGGGCUACCACGUUCAGUUUCUUGAUUAUGGCAAUAAAUCCAAAUGCGAAGAGUUUCGGCAACUACCAGAUGACUUAAUACACAUCGAUCCUCUCGCAAAAUGUUGCAGACUGUCAGGACUCACUGAAAAAAGUGCAGCAAAUGAAGCAGCUAAAAGCAAACUAGAAGACUUAGUCACGGAGCUCACUACAUUCCAAAUAGAAUAUUUAGAUAGUUUAACCGAACCAUACUUAGUUAAAUUGCUAAUGGAUGGUAAGGAUGUUACAUCUUUUCUAUUUUCCGAGUCUAUCAAUACUGAUGCAACAAAUUUGGAAUCGGAAAAAACUACAACAACUGAAACAAUCAACAACUUGGAUGACUUUGACUCAUCACAACCGGACUUGAACGAAAGCAUGGAUAGCGCUAAGACAGUUAUUGAGAAUGACCUAACACAUAAUACGGACGACAAUAAUCAAUGCACAGAGAAGGUUGAAGAAAUUAAGUCAAAUGACAACAUUGAGAAGGACGUUUCAACUGAAACCACGAUUGAAGCAGAUUCAUCUAUUGAAAGUAUUAAAAUAGACACUUCGAUUACGACCAUCGGAAGCACAGUGUGUGAAAAGGAAGAAAAAAUUCGAGAAACCCCUGUUAAACAGGCACAAACGGAAGGUGCUAUUACCGAAAAUGAAAGUGUAAAUAAUGAUACUAAACCAACAGACUAA